GUUGCAAAGACGUAGUUGCAGACAAGCUAGGGUUGUCCGCGAGAGUCCAGACCAUGACUUGCUUGAGCUCCGAGCAGGUCUUGAAGGACAACAAAACCAGCGACCCCUUCUCCGUUUCAUCUCUCAAGCUCCCUUGCAAGGCUCUCUCCGAUGUGUCUUGCUUGAGCAGCUUCAAGAACUUGGAGAGGCUCGACCUCAGCCUCAACAGUCUCACUUCUCUGGAGGGGUUGAAAGCAUGCGUCAAUUUGAAGUGGUUGACAGUUGUACAAAACAAACUGGAAAGCUUAAGAGGAAUUGAAGGACUAUCUAAGCUCACCGUGUUAAAUGCAGGAAAAAAUAAGCUGAGAUCGAUGGAUGAGGUCGGAUCUCUUCUGAGCUUACGUGCAUUGAUUUUGAAUGAUAAUGAGAUUAUCUCCAUUUGCAGACUUGCUCAGAUGAUGGACUUGAAUACUCUUGUUCUUUCUAGAAAUCCAAUCCGUGAAAUUGGUGAGUCUCUGGUAAAGGUGAAAUCUCUCACAAAGCUUUCUCUCGCUAAUUGCCAACUUAAGACUAUUGGCUCUUCGCUCAAGUCCUGCGUUGAAUUGAAAGAGCUCCGACUUGCUCACAAUGGCAUCAUGACUCUCCCAGAUGAGUUGGCUCGAAAUAAAAAACUCCAGAAUUUGGACUUGGGAAAUAAUGUCAUCUUAAGGUGGUCAGAUCUGAAGGUGCUGACUUCAUUGGUUAAUCUUAAAAAUCUCAAUCUACAAGGAAACCCUGCUGCUGAAAAGGAUACAUUAGCAAAAAGGAUAAAAAAAGUACUGCCAAACUUGCUGAUAUUCAAUGCUAAACCAACAGAUAAAUACACCAAGAAGAACAGUGAGAGAGUUGAUAAAGUUGAUGAUUCUACAACAAAUGAUACUAACAGGCUAGAAGUUCUAAAGGAAGAAAAAAGAGAGGUCGUCAGGAAAAAUAAUUCCAAACAUCAUGUGAUGGAUAGCAAAGAUGAUCAUCUCGAUAGUGCUAAAGCUGUUGACUUAGAGAAGAAAUUGAAGCGGAAAAGGCAGAAAACAAAUGACAAUGUCUCAGAAAAAGUUUUUCUGGUCCAUGAUGAUGAGCAAAGAGAUGACAUCAGAAACAAGAACUCCAAACAUCAUCGCAUGGAUCAAAGCAAAGAUGAUCCUCUUGAUAAUGCUGUAGAUGUUGGUGUGGAGAAGCAAUUUAAGCGGAAAAGGCAGAAAACAAACGUCUUAGAAAAAGAAGUUUUGGUUUGCGAGGAUGAGAAAAGAGAUGACAUUGGGAGAAAGAACUCCAAAAAGCAUGUUAAGGAUGGUCCUGAUAAUGCUAAAGAUGUUGAUGUAGAGAAGGAAUCGAGGCAGAAAAAGCAGAAGAAGAAUGAAAAGCUUUCAAAGAAAGAAGUUCCAGUCCAUGGGGGGGUUGAUGGCAAGGCUGAAAAGAAUCUAAAGAAGAUAUCAAAGAUGGAGCAAAGUGAGCUUAAUAUUAUUGAUGAUCCAGAAGCUUCUUUUCUAGAGCUUUUUGCUGCUGACACUGUAGAAAAUCCCAAAUAUGACGAUGAAAAGAAGAAAUUUGAUAAAACUAUUCAACACAUGAAUUUGGUGGGUGGCUUAGUUACCUUCUCUGUAAAGGAAAAGAAAGCUGGAAGCCAUGGUAGGGGCCCUACAAUGGAUUUAUCCCCCACAGUUGAAGUUGGCAUGGGUGGACCAUCAACAUGGGGUGACGAGUAAUUGUUUUGUGAAGGAGCCAUGCAAAUGCUUUUCAGCUUCUAGGCACUCAUGAUUCAGUUAAAGCAAGCCUUCAAAUAAUCUCUCUUCCAAGAUUUGGCUUCAUGGAGUUUGGUUACUCUCCUUUAGAUUCGCUGUGUGAGCUUUGAUUGCCUGGUUAUCUUGCCAUGGUUUUGACAAGGCAUCAAGACCCCAAUGGAUCUUUAGACCUACUUGUCGGGGCUUCCUUCUGUUUUGAUCAUCUUGCCUGCAGUCAAUUGGCCAGCAAUUUCACACCGUUCAAGGAUUUCUUUUCUUUGCUUGGAAAGUGAAUAGAGAUGAAAUAGUUCUUAUGUCCGGACGUUAGCCACUAAACAAUUAAAUUUACAUGUCAAAUUUUGUUUAAUUUUUUUUUUUUACCAUAAGAUAGUAACACUAGUUUGUGAGGAAAUUAUUGUAAAAUUUUGAAAGGAUGAUUCUCUCUUUCUUGGGACCGGUGAAAUGAUCCAUCUUCAGAAAAGAACAAAGAUGUCCAUAGUUGUUGAUAAUUAAUACUGCAACAUGUUUGAUCCUGUAAAAGAACAUGUGCUCCACCCAAGAUAGAUGGUGCCACCUGUAGUGCGAAACUCUAUGGUCGAGUAAA